AUGGCCUGGGAUGCAGUUCGAGAGGUCGAGAUAGCAGAUGCUCUUUCGUUAUUGCACACUACCUCCCAACUACACAAGAUUGGACAGGGCUUCUGUGGCACCGUGUGCGGCUCCGAUAAAGGUCCAGCUUUCAAAAGAGAGGAUGGUGGACCCGAUCGAUCUUUGAAGAAUGACUUUGAUAUGCACCAGCGAGCUCUUCAUAGUUUACAAAAGAUCACGACGCUUCAAAUCCGUAUCCCAGCAUGUUAUGGCUUUAUCAAAAAAGAUGAUCAGGAAUGGUGGACCACAAAUCAUCAUAUAUUUCCACCAGACUUCUGGACGCCAUGCAAUAUAAUCCAGUCUCAGCGAAUACCGCCUUUCCCAGAACAUGUGAGAAGGCUUCUUAUUGAGAACUACUGUCCGCCAAAUCUCAGACAGGAAAUCAUCAUAAGCGAGCCAAACAAAGACUGCUUGGUUAGGCCAUAUUUAGGCCGAAGAAGAAUGAAGAAAGCUCAUUCUACGUCGCGAUUCACGGCAUUCUCUCUACGAAAUUUUCCACUCCAUCUGGAUCAAUAUGAAGCCCUUAUGAUAGCAAGCGACAUGAGUCAGUAUGCAAGAGCUAUGGCUGAGACCCUCGCGGUGAUGCACUGGGUUGGUGAAAUGGAUGGAAACGAUAUUGAAUUUGUCCUUGCACCACCCAUUCAGGAUUCUCGUUAUGAUAAACAGUCAGAAUAUAUCAUCACGGAUGCUCUACUUUUACCUCAUAUGAAAGUAGAUUCCAAUGCUCUUGGAAGCCCUUCGAUAUGGGUUCUCGACUUUGAUAUGUGUAGGAGAAUAACGAUGGAUUCAAACGGUGCGCAGCAGGCUGCAGCAGCUUUUUGGCGUAAUGAUCCCUAUUAUCCUCGACCAUCGAGAGACCCUGGAAUUGAUUCUCCUUUAUGGGUUGCGUUCAAAGAACAUUAUUUACGGAUGAGUGAAGUCUGUAUUGAUAUUGCGGUCUCUGAACCACAAGAGGCUGAGAGACUGCGUGCUCUACCGAAGCAGGUUAUCAGUCUUAUAGAACAAGGGGCAAAAGCAUAA